AUGAGACAGAAACCAUUGCAACUUCAACGAAUUUUGAAAUUCAUUGCUUGUCGUGCUUUAUCUCAGUCCCACCUGGAGAGAACUAUAGCAACUUCGUCUUCUUAUUCUUCUUCUCCUCUAGCUCAAUUGAAUCCAACACCUCAUCAUCAAAAAUCUUUCUUUGAAUCAGAAUACAAGAACGGGCUUGUAAACCGGUUGUGUAAAGACAAAAAAUUCAAAGAAGCCAUAGACAUUCUAUGCCAACAGAAGCGUUUGGAAGAAGCAGUUAGAAUACUAGAUCAUGUCGAUCGUCCCUCUGUUUCUAUAUAUUCAGCUCUUUUACAACUAUGUCUUCAACAACGAGCUCUAGGAGAGGGGAAAAAGGUUCAUGCUCAUAUCCAAGCCUCCGGUUUUGUACCCGGGAUUUUUAUUUCCAAUCGCCUUAUUGACUUGUAUUGUAAAUGCGAGAGCCUUGUUGAUUCCCAGAAAGUGUUUGAUGCAAUGGGUGAUAAGGACUUGUGUUCUUGGAAUAUUUUGAUAUCUGGGUAUGCGAAAAUGGGACAACUUGAUGAAGCUCGGAAAUUGUUCGACGCAAUGCCCGAAAGAGAUAAUUUUUCUUGGACUGCAAUGGUCUCGGGUUACGUUAGGCAUAAUCAUCCUAAUGAAGCGUUAGACUUGUAUAGAGUGAUGCAGAGGAGUGAGAGUUAUAAGGGCAAUAAGUUCACAACUUCUAGUGCUCUUGCUGCUUCUGCUGCCAUUCAGUGUUUACCUCUCGGAAAGGAGAUUCAUGGUCAUAUAACGCGAACUGGAUUGGAUUCGGAUGCAGUGGUUUGGAGUGCAUUAUCGGAUAUGUAUGGAAGAUGCAGGAGUAUAGAUGACGCUAGGUGCAUAUUUGAUAGAACAUCCGAUAGGGAUGUUGUUUCAUGGACGACAUUGAUUGGUAGGUACUUCGAAUGUGGGAGGUGGGAAGAGGGAUUUUUGUUGUUUUCAGACUUGCUGAAGUCAGUAAUUAGACCCAAUGAGUUUACAUUGGCUGGUGUUUUAAAUGCAUGCGCAUAUCAAACUGCAGAGGAAAUGGGUAAGCAGGUUCAUGGGUACAUGAUGCGAACUGGGUUUGAUCCAUUUUCAUUUGCGGCUAGUGCCCUUGUUCAUAUGUACUCCAAGUGUGGUAACAUUGAGACUGCACAUAGGGUUUUCAAAUGGAUGCCCCAACCAGAUUUAGUUUCAUGGACUUCCUUGAUCAAUGGAUAUGCUCAGAAUGGUCAACCCCAUGAGGCUCUUAAGUUAUUUGAGAUGCUGCUAGAAUCUGGUACUCAGCCUGACCACAUUACUUUUGUUGGUGUUCUUUCUGCUUGCACUCAUGCUGGUUUAGUGGAUAAAGGGCUCGAAUAUUUUUACUCAAUAAAGGAGAAAUUUGGAUUAUCGCAUACUGCAGAUCACUAUGCAUGUGUGAUUGAUCUAUUGAGUCGAUCUGGCAGAUUCAAAGAAGCUGAAGAUAUAAUCAAUAAAAUGUCCAUGAAGCCUGAUAAGUUUCUAUGGGCUUCUUUACUUGGGGGUUGCAGAAUUUAUGGAAACAUUGACCUGGCAAAACGAGCAGCCGAAGCAUUGUUUGAAAUGGAGCCUGAGAAUGCAGCUACUUAUGUUACACUUGCCAACAUCUAUGCCAAUGCUGGAAGGUGGGGUGAAGUAUCAAAAAUUAGAAAGAUCAUGGAUGAUAGAGGAGUGGUAAAGAAAGCGGGUUUGAGUUGGAUUGAGAUUAAGAGAAAAGUCCAUGUGUUCUUGGUUGGAGAUUCAUCCCACCCCCAAUUCAAGGAAAUACACGACUUUUGGGGGGAGCUUUUUAAGAGGAUGAGGGAAGAAGGAUAUGUCCCAGACACAGACCAUGUGCUGCAUGAUGUUGAAGAGGAGCAAAAGGAGCAAAAUCUUUCCUAUCACAGUGAAAAGCUUGCAGUUGCAUUUGGAAUCAUUGCUACUCCGCCUGAUCUCAGGGAUGAGAAGACAAUUGCUAGUUUGACGAGCAUAGAUGUGAUCAUGCAGUUAAUCUCUAAGGCUGCCAUACCACCAAUUUGCCUGUGUAACCUGGAAACUGUUGAUGACAUUGACAACCUGGACUCUGAUCCUGACCUUGACGGAGGAGAUUUGAGUUUACUACUUUCUCAGAGGAUGGAAGCGGGAGUUACGACUUAUUGA